UAGUUUAACCCCUGAAAUCACUUUCUGUUAAAUACAAUAACCAACUAACUAAAACCUGAAAGCCCGCCUUUCCAGUUUCUGUGCUUCCCUUCCUUCUCUCCCUCUCAAAAGAUUCACAUCACCUCUUCCUCAAGAAACUCUCCGUUUUCAAGAAUGGUAUCCACUACUUCAUCAUCACCACCACCGCGUCGAGUUUCAGCUAGGCCACCAUCACGCUCCCUUCUGCCUUUGCGCUUCAAGGCCAAACUACUUCCAGGCCGCGGAAACCCGAGUAAAUCAAGAAACUGGUCACGGCCAUCACCAUCAAGACUAGGACCAUCAUCAUUGAGCUCACAGGAGUCACCAUUACCCUUAGUUUCUCCACUGUCGCGAUCAUCCCCGUAUUCAACCAGGGAUUAUCUCAGAAGUAAAGCCAUACAAAUCCUGGAGUCACCAGAUGCUUUACCUCUUACUUUUUUUCUUAAUGAACUUAACUUCUCUGAAAACUCCAUUGAUUUAAUGAAUGCUCGAAAACUCUUGAAUUACCUUAAAAAGAACUACCUUACUUCCUUCUGUCUUUGCCUUGUUUCUUACUUAAAAUUUUGCGCCAUUGAAUUUGUGAAUUGCAAGGAAUGUGCCUUUGAUGUCCUAUGCCAGAUUCUUACAGAAAAUGAGCAUGGUCUUUGGCAGAAAACCUCCUUCAUGAAUAAAGAACUCAAAUCUGCACUUCUUGAUUGUUUGAAUACAGAGAGUUCAAUAAAGAUCUUGCAUAAAAUUCUCGAUUUUGUCGUCACCAUUGCUACUAAAGAAGUAAGACUUGGAAAUGAAUGGCCUGAGCUUCUUGAGUUUGUUUAUGUAUCUAUUGGUUCUGGUUCUGAUUCUGAUUCUGAUUUUGAAGAGAAAUUGAAGUGUGCGAUUUCUUUGCUUUAUAAGUUGAUCCCACAAUGUGCUGUCGAAGAUUUGGUUAUUAGCAUUGAUUCCUUUUAUGAUAGUUUAAUGGAUAUAUUUGAUUCUGAAGAAAUGAGUUUAGAGGUACAGGUUCAGGCAGCUCUUGCCUCAAAUCGUUUUCUUUGUUACUGGACGAAUCGGUCAGACCAUGAUAGAUAUAGUACUGUCCUUUUGGUUAAAAUAGUGUUGACCAUUUCCACUUUGAUCGAGCAUAGAUCAGACAAAGAUAUACAGGCGGUGGUCAAUGAAUUGACUGUGUUGGUAAAGGAGAAGCCAUGGUCUUUGAGUAGCCAAUUUGAUUAUCUGGUUCUAUCUGUGCUUAGGAUCGUGGAUGGAGUUGAACUUCAAGACAGAACAAAAAUUAUUGCAUUAGAAUUUGUGGUUGCUUUAUCUGAAAAAAGAGUUGAAGGUCGACGAAUGUUGCGAAGAUCACAAUAUAUAAUCCCAAAGUUACUUGAAAAGAUUUUGUUUCUGCUUGCAAAUUUAGAAGAUGACCCAGAAAGCGGAACUGCAGAGACUGACAUCCAGAAUCUGCCUGUGGUAAGGUGCUUGGCUAGAAUUGCAGCUGCCUUAGGUGGGGAAGUUCUCGUGAAUAAUUUCCCCAAAUUAUUUGCAAUUCAUUUUGGCGCUGAAGAUUGGCAGAGCCGCCAUGCUGCUGUUCUUUUCCUUGGCAUUGUUGCAGAGAAAUGUUCAAAGCCAAAGGAGUUGAAACAUGGUUGGAAUCAAAUGGCUGGAAGAAUUAUCUUAAGUGUCAAAGAAGACAUACACCCUCAUGUGCGUUGGGCAGCUUUAUAUACAAUAAAACAAUUUUCCAAGCAUUUGAAACCUGAAUUUCAAGACAAGUACCAUGAAAAGGUGAUGCCUGCAUUAACCAAAGCCAUGGAUGAUUUCAAUAAUCCCCGUGUUCAGGUGCAAGCUUAUUUAGCGUUGUUCGACUUCACCUGGAACUGUUCAUCAAGUACUCUGAAACCUCACCUGAAGGAAAUUGUCAACAAAUUGCUCAAACAAUUACAGAAAGUAAAUCAUACGGUCCAGGGCGAAACUUUAAAAGUUUUGUCAGCAGUUGCUCAUUCAUCACAGGAUCACUUUGCAGAGUAUUAUAGUAGUGUCAUGCCUUAUCUUAAAGUUAUAAUGACGACUGCAAAUGAGGAACUUGAUCACAACCAUCUUGCCGAUUCCGUGGAGUGCAUAACUAUGGUUUGGUUGGCUGUAGGCAAGGAUAAGAUCAGAUCUGAUAUUGAAAUGUUGGAAUGGCCAAAUGAUCUAUAA